AAAUAACAAUUUGUUGGAGUACAAAAUUUGAUUUUGACAAUAUGUAUUUUGAAAAUCACUUUAUUUGUUUAAUCAUGUUUCAUUGGGUGUUCUUGUUUUCAACAAAUUUUUCUUUUUGAUUUACUUGAUUAUUUAUGAUAAGAGAAAUAAUCUAAUUAUGAGGGAAAUGUUGCCUUGCAAAAAUGGAGGAAAGGGGGCAUAAUACACCUUAACUUAGCCUCAACUUCGAGAUGCAUGUCUAGACACCUAAACUUGUCUCCACUGUGUCAGUUGAACGCUCCAACUUACAAAAUGAUCUUCUAAACACCUCCAAAAUUUAUGUGCCACGUCGGCGUUGGGUGUCCACGGGGCAUAGUGGAGACUAAUUAAGGUGUCAACAUGGAGUAUUUAUGAGACACAUUUCUGCCAAGUUGAAGUGUCUAUUUGUUCAUUUGUUAAGUUUAAGUGUCUAUUUGUUCAUUUGUUAAGUUUAAGGGUCUAACUUACAAAUCGUGCCAACUUUAAGGCUAUCUUCUAAUCAAUCUUCGAGGGCAUAGGCUCGUGUAAUUGUGGGGUCCGUAUGUGGAAAUGUAAAAACCACUAUUAUUUUUAGGGAAAUAACAUGAAAAUGCCUAUUUUAAGCCAUUCACGCGCCAAUAUGAAGUGCAAAACACGCAAUUUGCCAUGUCAGCAUGUAGUAUUUAUGAGACACAUUUCUGCCAAGUUGAAGUGUCUAUUUAGUCAUUUGUUAAGUAAGUGUCUAACUUACAAAUCGUACCAACUUUAAGGGACUAUCUAGGUAAUAAGCCUACUAUAUUCUAAUCAAUCUUCGAGGGCUCAGUCUCAAGGUGUAAUUGUGGGGCCCCUAUGUGGAAAUGUAAAAACAACUAAUAUGUUGAAUGUUUUUAGGGAAAAAACAAGAGAAUCCGUAAGUUAAGCUAUUCACGCGCCAAUAUGAAGUGCAAAACGCACAAUUUGCCUUGUCAGCAUGGAGUAUUUUGAGACACAUUUCUGCCAAAUUGAAGUGUCUAUUUGGUCAUUUGUUAAUUUUAAUCUCUAACUUACAAAUCGUGCUAACUUUAAGGCUAUCUUCUAAUCAAUCUUCGAGGGCAUAGGCUCGUGUAACUGUGGGAUCCGAUGUGGAAAUGUCAAAACCACUAUUACUUUUGGGGAAAUAACAUGAAAAUGCCUAAUUAAGCCAUUCACGCGCCAAUAUGAAGUGCAAAACACACAAUUUGCCAUGUCAGCAUGUAGUAUUUAUGAGACGCAUUUCUGCCAAGUUGAGUUGUCUGUUUGGUCAUUUGUUAAGUUUAAGUGUCUAACUUACAAAUUGUGCCAAGUUAGGGUCUAUCUAGGCAGUGGCGGACCCAGGAUUUUGAGUUCGGGGGUGCUGGACCCAGGAAUUUUGAGUUCGGGGGUGCUCUAUUAACUAUUUAUAUCUGUUUCCUUUAUAUUUUCUAUACAGCUAUACACUCCGUGACUGAGUUUAAUGGGUGCUGGAGCACCCAAAAGUUAUACAUGGGUCCGCCACUGUAUCUAGGUAUUUAGCCUACUAUCUUCUAAUCAAUCAUCGAGAGCAUAGGCUCAAGGUGUAAUCGCUGGGCUCGUAUGUGGAAAUGUAAAGACCAUUAACAUGGUUAAAUUUUGUAGGGGAAAAAACAAGAAAAUGCCUAAUUUAAGCUAUCAAUAUGAAGUGCAAAACACACGAUUGCCAUGUUGGCAUGGAGUAUUUAUGAGACACAUUUCGGCCAAGUUGAGGUGUCUAUGUGGUAAUUUGUUAAGUUUAAGUGUCUAACUUACAAACUGUGCCAAAUUUAAGGGGCUAUAUAGAUAUUUAGCCUACUAUAUAAUCUUCGAGGGCUUGGGCUCAAGGGGGAAAGAGUUAGGUUAAAAUUGAGAUGGAUAUCAAUACUCUAGGUGUUGAAGGUACCGCAGCAGCCAUGGCUGUCGCUGGAUCUUCGGCCGGAGGAUUUUCAACAAGAGCAUAUUUAGAUUCUAAUGUUCAGAUGGGAAAUGCAAAUGCAGCUCAUUGGCAAGAGGAGGUUUACCAAAAGAUCAAGUAUAUGAGGGAGAUGUAUUUAUCAGUGCUCAAUAAGCUAUACCACAAAAUUGCUUCUAUGGUGCAGCAGUAUGACUCUCUUCCUCAGUGUCCUCAACAUGAGCAAAUUGAAAAGCUCAAGAUGUUCAAGAUGUCACUGGAACGGAUUGUGCUUUUCUUGGGGCUUAACAAGCAUGAUAUUCAACUUACUCACAAGGAGAAACUGUUUUCAGUUGAAAAGCACAUAAGUUUCUUUCUCAGUUCCAACAGGCCGCGCGAGUCUUCCAUGCAGCUUCAGCAACCACAGUCUCUUGAUGGUCAAACUGAUCCAUCGAUGCAACCCGCACAGGGUUCCAUGGCGGCAAUGCAACAGAACCAUCUCACCAACUUGCAACAUAAUUCCUUGUCUAGCAUAUCGACAAUUUCCAACUCUCAGCAACAUAUGAUAAAUAUGGUACAACCUCGUUCCAUUGUGGAUUUGGGACAGGGUAAUUCAUUGAACUCACUGCAACAGGAAUACCUCGGUUUCCUACAGCAAAAUUCAAACACCUUGCAACAGUCGCUUCCUAAACAGCACGAGCAGCAGAUGCAGCAGAAACUUUUUCAUAAACAGCAGUUAAUGCAACAGCAGCUGAUUGCACAGCAGAACCAACUGAUGGGCCAACAGAACACGAUGCAUGAUGUGCAGCAGAGGCUAGUGGGCCAACAGAAAAACUAUAACAGUCUGCACCAGCAGCAGCAGUUACUUAAUCAGCAAAACAACUUUCAAAAUAUGCAUCAGCAGCAGUCGGGCUCUCAAAGUAAUAUUGCUGGGGUCCAGCAGCAACAGUCGCUUCCUAAACCGCACGAGCAGCAAAUGUUUCAGUACCACCAGCAGCAGCAAAUUUUUCGUAGACAACAGUUAAUGCAACAGCAGCAGUUGCCUGGAACGCAACAACCCGGUAACGCUGGCUUGACGUCUAAUCAGCACCCUAUCAAUAUGUUGCAACAAUCAAAAGUUCCUGUACAACAGCAAAUGCUGCAGAGUACUACAACCUUGUUACCAAGUCAAGGUCAACAAGCACAGCCGCAGCCAGCACAACAGCAAAUGAUAUCUCGGAGUCAAUCACAACCAGGACAGUUACAACCACCUUUGGGUUUGCAUCAACAGACGAAUCAAUUGCAAAGGGCAAUGCAACAGAGGCUUCAAACAUCAGCCCCCUUGCUUCAACAGCGGAAUGUAAUUGAACAGCAGAAGCAGCCAAAUCAAUCACGAAGAGCCGUACCAGCAGCCUCAUCAAGUGAUUCCAGCAAAGGCGGGAAAGGAAAGAAUGCUGGCAGUGGUGGUAAAAGUCAAAAAGCAAAAGAGCCUCGUCCUUUGGAGCUCCGAGUUGAGCAAGAACUUCCAGCCAAAAAAAUAUGCCUGAUGGACUCUGAAGCUGCUGAUAUUUUGCAAGGAAUCCAAGAGAAAAUGGUGGAAUUGUCUGAAGAUCCAGCUAUAAAACUACCUGUUUCAUUUGACAGGGGAUUGGCAUAUGCACAAAGGAACAAGCUUUACAAUGAUCCCCAGGCUAUUAAACAAAUACUCAAGCCUCUAAAAGUGCAUGGCGUUUCUGAUGGGGAGCUCUGCAUGAUUGCCAACUUUCACUUGGAAUCUGUUGAUGAAGUAUUUGCUGUUGUUCCCUCAUUUAAGCCAAUUUGUAGGUGUCCGACAGCACCAACUGCUUGCUUUCUCUUUCGAGGUUCUUGCCAACUACUAGAAAGAGCAAGCUGAGAGUUCCCCUCGAGAAUGUCUUGGCUGAACUAGCCAGACUUAGAAGGGCAGCAUAAAUGGCUCAAGAAGAGCAUUCUAUGGCAAUGUCAUCAUUUUAGUUUUGGUCUAUACUCGUACAAAUAAGAAUAGCGACUGCCAGAAGAUGAUUUUAUUCCAAGAGGGUUUACCACAGCCGUCAUUUAUGCUAAAUGCGGGUAUGUUUGUGGUCAGGUAUUUGUCCAGAGGGUUAUGCAUGUGUGACUAAAGGGAAUGCCAAACAGUUGAGCAGCCAGCAACUGAUGUUUUCUUUCGUUCCAUGUUCGCUAGCCAGCUAGAGGCGAAUCCAGGAUUUAAAGUUUAUCGGUUCCUAUAAUGAUCUGAAGUUAUACAGUAUUAAUUGAGUUCACAAUUAAAUAUUUAAAGAUAUUUAGCAUAUUUCAUAAUACAUAUACAGGGUCUGAUAAAAGCUACUAGGAUCACCCUGUAGCUAGCAGCUAUUGAAAACAUUGCCGAACUUUGAUCGUUCGGAAAACUGAAACAAAGACUUGAAUGUA